UCUAAGAUCACAUCUAGCUUCAUGGUUCUCGCCUCUCAUCAUCAAAAGAACAAUCUUGGAUUAAGCAUCAAGUUCGAGCUUGAAGACUGGUCGCUAUUUGGGAGUUUAGCGAGAAGGCAGUUGUCCUCAUUCGUGAAUAUAAGGACAAAUUCCCAGAAAUCUUCGCGAUUCUGGACCAAGGAGGCGACGAUAUGGCCCGCGAUACGGACAUCUUUGACUCACGCUGAUGCUAGGGUCAAGGAAGUAAAGCCGUGGCUCAAAUUGAAGGGGGUCCGAGAUCUCGAGCCAGUUUCCCUCUUCUCGGAAAACUUAGCGAAGGUCCAAAGCGACAAUCAAGAAAGCUAUUGUGAAGAACAUCCCUCGCCACGCAGUUCUGAAACCAUUGCACGCUAUCUAUCGACUUUAGAACCAGCACUUUGCUUUGGGAGACAGGCAACGCUGAUCCACCCUCAGAGUCAGGUGCACAAUCAGAUACCACGAUGGACCUCUUACCUCAUCUUGAGGCGCCAUCGUACAGUUAUGCGCAACUACUCCAUAUACGCUUGCACUGUCACCAUUCGUAUUGUCGUAUGCUUCGCGAUCCUUGCCUUCGCAUUCAAGUUCGACUUCCCCCCCUUCAUGGUCCUGAUCAUUGCCCUGCUGAAUGACGGUACUAUCAAGACACUCUCAGCUGACCGUAUUUUGCCCUCAAUGACACCUGAUUCUUGGGACUCGCUGAGUGUGGCUCUGGUCACCAUCAUCCUGGAGACUAUGUUCUUCUAUGACAAAUUUGGUGUCACCUUCAAUGGGAAUCCAUCUCCUUCUGGUUCCAAUGAUUAUCAGCUCCACAUGAUCGUCUACCUCCAAGUUGCUAUCAUCUCGCAAGCGUUGACCCUUGUCACCCGUUCGCACGGUUUCUUCUUCAUGGAGCGCCCUUCUGUUGCUCUCUUCGGAGUAUUCUGCGUUGCGCAGCUCGUGUCUUCGAUUAUCGCCGCCUACGCCAAUUUCGGCUUCACGCAGAUCCAGGCAAUUUCAGGUGGAUGGAUUGGUAUUGUGUGGGUUUGGAACAUCGUUUGGUUUGCCCCUCUCGACUGGAUCAAAUUCGCAAUGAAGGCCACUGUUAUCAAGAAGCUUCGCCAACAUCACGAGGCGGCACAAGCGGCACAGGCCAUCACUGGUGUCCCCAUCACUUGCACCCAAUCUCACGCUGCGUCGAUCCACGAAUCGUAG